AUGGAUUUUGAUUUUCCCGGUUAUAUUAAAUGCAGUCAAUGUCAAACAAUAGUAGCACAAAACGAUAAACGUGAUCAUAUACUUCAUUGUCGACCAAAAUCAAUAACACAAUCAAUGAAAAAAUGUCUUAUUUGUCAAGAAGAUGUUGAGGAUUUAAUUUCACAUUGUGAAAAUUGUCGUCCUAAUGAGGAAACGAAUAAUUCAGGAUAUGCAACUCCAAGAGCUCAAACACCUGUAGAACAAUAUAAUGGAAGAAAAAAACAUUGUACUCUAUGUAACAAAGAUAUAGAUGAAUCAAUUUAUGUCGAACAUAUUUCAAAUUGUUCUACUGAUAAAAUGUCAAUAGAUGAUAAUCAAUCAAAACUAUUAACUAAUAAUUCAAACUAUGAAAAUUCUUCUUUUCAAAGAAAUCAAAAUAAUAAUUCAAGAGAAUCAAAUAAAAAACAAACAAAACUUUGUCUUUUAUGUUCGAAACAAAUUGAUGAAUCCAUUUAUAAAGAACAUAUUGAAUCUUGUUCAGAUAAUCAACAAGAUUCAGCAUUGAAUGAGAAUAAUUAUACAAAUCAUAAUGAAACAUUUCAACAAACACAAAAUUCUUUCGAUAAUAAUAAGACUUCAACAAAAAUAUUUCCUCGUAUAGAACAAAAUCAAACAAAACAUUGUAUUUUAUGUGAUAAAGAUAUAAAUGAAUUAGAUUAUAAAGAACAUGUUUUAUCUUGUGGAAGUGAUGAAAAUCCUUCUAUUUCUAAAAUUGAAGAAUCUAAUUCACCAAAAAAACAAUGUAUUUUUUGUUCAAAAUAUAUCAAUCAAUCAGAACUGAGUGAUCAUAUAGAAUCUUGUUCAAAUAAUCAACGACCAAUAUCGAUUAAAAUUGAUGAUAAUAAUAAUAUACCUACUAAAAGACAUUCUUCUCAAAUUGCUUCAACAUCAACAAUUCCAAAAAGUAAACAAAAAAAAGAUUAUUCUCAAUCAUUUGAUGAUGAACAAUCACAAAAUCAUAAUAGAACUUAUUCACGUCAACCAUUGACUAAACAAUAUUCAUAUAAUCAACAAAAAUUUGAAAAAACAUCAAGAAAAGAUUGUAUUAUUUGUUUUAAAUCAAUUGAUGAAUUGGAAUAUAUGGAUCAUGUAUCAAAUUGUACACCUGAUGAUUCAGAUAUAGAUCAAAAUCAAAUAAAUAAUUCAAAUUAUUCUACAAAAGAUGAUAUUGGAAUAACAAAUAAUAAUAAUAAUAAUAUAAAAAAGAAAAAAGAUUGUAUUAUUUGUUUUAAAUCGAUUGAUGAAUGUGAAUAUACUGAUCAUGUAUUGAAUUGUUUACCUGAUACUCCAAAUAAGAAUGAUAAUCAACCAAUAAAAUCAAGUUAUUUUUCAAAAGAGAAUAAAAAUCAGAUGGAAACAUCAGCUUGUGCCAAUGUUAAAACACGAAAAGAUUGUAUUAUUUGUUUUAAACCAAUUGAUGCAUCUGAAUAUAUGGAUCAUGUUCAAGCAUGUCUUGGUGAUACAGAUAAUCAACCAUCAACUUCAUCAUAUAGAAUCAAUUCAAAAUGUUUUACAUGUAAUCGUUUUAAAAAAGAUGAAAAUGAUUUAUUUUAUGAGAUCGCAUGUCAUUCUCAUCAUAAUCAUUGUUUAUUAUGUUUAAAACAAUCAAUGGAAGAAUUUGUACGAAAUCGUCAAGUACCAGUUUGUCAUAAGAGUAAAUGUGAUUAUGAAUUAUCUCGACAUGAUAUAUCAUCAAUUCCACUUGAACGUCGUUUAUCUGAUCGUCUUUUCAAACUUGUUAAAGGUCAACAAAGACCAUUUUGUUCUAAAUGUCAUUUUUAUAUCAAUAUUGAUGAAAAUGAAAAUUUUGAUGAACAUUUUGAAUCAUGUGAAGAUCUUAUUCCUUGUGAAUAUUGUCAUUUACCAUAUCCAUUUCAACAAUUACAAAUUCAUACACAACAAUGUAGAAAUGAAAAAAUAUCUCGUCAAGAAAAAUUAACAAAUUUUAUUUUAACAAAAACCAAAUAUCCAUUUACAAAAGAACAAAUUAGAUUUUAUAUUCAAUUACAAAUUAAUAAUAAUCAACAAUCAUCAUUAGAUCCUUUUACAAUUAUACAAGCACUUGCUGAAUAUGGAGCAAUAUUUCCAUUUGAUAUGCCACGACGAGAUUGUGAUAUUUGUAUGGAAGCUUGUCCAUAUGAUGAUAUCUAUGUAUUUGAUUGUGCUGAUAGUCAUAAAUUAUGUUAUACAUGUUAUUAUCAAUCAUGUCAAACAAAAAUGAAUAAUGGAGAAAUUUUAACAUGUGCAAUUUGUACACAUCCAUUGAAAGAUGGUGAACUUAAUCAACUUCGAAUUCCAUUUGAAGAAUUAAAGAAAAUUCGAGAUUAUCAAAUGAAAAAAACAUUUGAAGUUUAUUCAAGUCGAACUCGAGGAAUAAUAAAAUGUCCAAAACAAAAUUGUACUUGGGUUGCUGAAGCUGCUGAUCCAAAUGAACGUUUUAGAGUUACAUGUCUACUUUGUAAUAAUGAAUUUUGUUCUCUUUGUAAUCAACAAUAUCAUUAUCGUACAACAUGUCAACAACUUCCUCAAAUAACACAACGAUGGUUUUUUUGGUGUCAAACAGAACGUGCUCGUUAUUUAGCAAUGAGAGCUCAACAAGAUGCAACAUAUGGAGCUCAAUUAGAAGAAUAUAAUCGUCGACAUACGGAAAAUGAAAAUCGAAAUCGUGAUUUACGUCGUCGUUAUGAUGAAUUAAUGAAUGAUGAACAAUAUAAAGUUCAAAAUUGUCGUCUUUGUCCAUCAUGUAAACGAGUUGUUCAACGUCUUGAAGGUUGUGAUUCAAUGAUAUGUGGACAAGAUGCACACGGUGGAAAUGUUCAAUCUGGUUGUGGAACUAAAUUUAAUUGGGCACAAGCUCAACAAUAUACACCUUCAACUACAGCACAACCCAAACAAAAAAUUGUUGAUCUUCCUAAACCAGAUAUUCCUGUUGUUCAUCAUAAUGGUAUCAAAUGUGAUCAAUGUCAAAAUGAUGUUAAUGGAAUUCGUUUUGAUUGUAUUCAUUGUCCAUCAUUAACAUUUUGUGAAAAAUGUGAAGAACAAGCAACAUUAAAUCAUUCAAGAGAAAAUCAAGCGUUUGAACUACAACAACAUGUUUUUAGACUUAUUAUGAAACCAGAAGAAGAAGCUACUUUAUUUUAA